CUAUGUUCCCACAUCAUGUGAUGUACAGCAGCCAAGCGAGGAUCAGUGUGUGGAAUAAAAGGUAUUCCUAAAAUGUGUCUAUAAUCCUUCAAGCAGAUCGCUUUGUCAGUCGUAUUGUAAUUUAACGUAACAGGUUGACCAAAUUAAGGCACUUUCUGGGGUUUUCGUUGUCAUUUAUGUUCAUGAUCUCACCUCUUAACUCUUGGCUAACUAUGUGAGCUCAUGCUAGCUCGAUAGUACCAACAUUCACCCAGGCUGAAGCUGGGGCGCAGCAGCGGCAGCGGAGCUUCUAGCCGACGGUCAUUUCCGACAGCUCCGUAUGGAUUUGACGUCGGCAUACAUUGUUGCUUGAUGUUUUACAAAAGGUCGAUUACCGGUGAUUUCGAAGAUGGGGGAACCUUGUGACCUUAAGCACUUCGUAAAGUGUGCCAUCACUUUGGAGGGCUCAUUUCUCUGAUUUGGAUUAUUCUUGGCCAGCAGCCUCUUCAGGCCUACUAAUCCUAGACGAGUUUCUCAAUGGACACUCUGCUCAAGUCCGAGAUCAGAGAGGAAGGGAGUAGUGCCUCGGUGAAGGUGGAGGGCCUAUCUAAGGCAGCUCUAAUCAAAAGCCUGUCUCCCAGAGUCAUGCUAUCCAACCAUCUUUUGCCUAAAGGGACCAAGAUGAAGGUCAACCUAGAGGAUCAGGGUCGACAGAAAGUGUCCUUUAGCUUCGCACAGACCAAGAAGCCCCUGCAGAGCGUGUUCUUCAUCCCUGCCAGUCCUGACAAGUCUGUUGCUGAGCCUAACGCUGCCUUGUCACAGUCAACCUCAGACAAAGAAGGGCAGAAAACAGACAGCAAAACUGAGCAAAACCAGACACCCAUGGUGCAAACACCAAUGGCAGAGACACCUUCUCAAACACCAGUCUCCUCAGCCACUAAACUGAAAACCGUCUUAGCAAAGAUGCAUUUCAAGAAGCAAAUUCUAAGUGUCUCUGUGACUGAAGAGAGACCAACAUCUGUUGUGCCAGAGGAGCUACACUCUCCAGAGUUGCAGGUUCUACAGAAAACAACAAGUGCAGCUGAAUUUCCAACACCCCAGCCUCAGAAUGUUGUCAAUGUCUGCCCCUCUGAUAAUGCCCAGAUUGAAGCCCCUGAGACAAUGGUAACCCCUAGCCUCAAGAAGACAACUGCUUCCUCAGGAAAAGAUGGAGAGAGUUCCAGCAGUGCUGAGCAGGAUAAUAAGGUAGACAAAAGGAAAACCAGGUCCCAGUUUGAUAGUGCUCCCCCUGGCUCAGAAUCUGAUGGAGAUUUAGGCCAGAUAUCUUCUAGUCGCAAAUCAGUUGACUCCAGAAGUAAAACAACCUCUGACAGCAGAAGCAAAGAGGUAAAAAAAUCUUCCUCUGGUUCACAUGUGGAGGAAAAGGAAAAAAGUUCCUCUAAGCGGUCAGAGAAUCAUGAAAGAUCUUCUAGUUACUCCAAACCAGACCGUGAUUCUAGACACACAUCCUUACGCUCAUCUCGAUCAGACAAAGAUCGCAGAAGGUCCAGGUCUAGAUCACGGUCUAGAUCAAGAGGGUCUCGAACAAGUUCAUCUCACUCCAGAUCAGAGAGAUCCCGAGGUGACAGAGGAUCACGCUCCGAAAGGUCUUACUAUCAUGAUUCUGAUCGGAGAUCACACCGGAGUUCUCCACGCAGAGAGAGAAGACGCUCUCGCUCUCGCACUGACAGAACUCGGGACAGUUCUGACUCUGAGGAUGACCAUAGGAAGACAAGGACAAGGACAAUUGACUCCAGUAGAUUAUCCGCCCAUUCAAGUUCACAUAAAGAGUCAAAAUCAUCUUCCUACUCAAAGUCUGAGAAAUCCUCUAAAUCUGCAGAUUCGCCUCACUCUUCAGAGAUGGAUAAAAAAACACAAUCUUCAAAGUCUGAAAGAACUUCAAAGCGACUAUCAGACUCUGAUUCCCAGCGCAAGUGCUCUCCUGAUCUGGGCUCGAGUUACCGUAAAUCUAGCAGCCAUUACAAGUCAGAGACCAACAGCAAAUCCUCUUCUUCCAGUAUGCAUACUCACCCUCAAACAUAUGAAAAACAGCAAAAAAGCAGCUCUAGUGACUCUGAGGUAGAUCAUAAGGGAAAAUCACAGGCCUCUGACAAAAGCUCUGGCUCAGAGGAGAACUGUAAAAACUCUCUAAAGAAAAACAGUAGACCGGACUCGAAGCAGAUGACCCCUUCUAGAUCUUCUGUGAACACCAGCGGAUAUGAUAGACAAUCAAAUGACAUAUUUCACAGCCCUGGCAAAGCACCAUCAUGUGCAAACACCACAGAAUCGUAUUCUCAGAGUGAAAUCGAAAAAUCUGAUUCCCAACAAAGUGGAAAUGAACAUAGAAGUAAGGACUUUAAAGACAUGGUAUCAUGCACUGAUAAGAGUUUGCAAGAAGAGUCAUCCAAGAGGUCAAAGGAAACCAAAUCAGAUCUUGAAGUUGAGACCUCAGCUAUAAUCUCGAGUGAAAGCCUAACGCAUGUAAAUGUCGCCCUGGAAAACUUGACCAAUGUGAAGAACAGCCUUUCUUCUAAUUAUCAACCACACGUAAAAUCAAAUGCAGACGUCUUAAAUUCAUGCAGUAGUAAUGAUAGUAUAAUGUGCAGCCAGGACAAGAAAGAUGUUGACUGUUUACCAGGGCCAAAGUCCUUACUUGAUACAACAGAUAUACCUGUCACCCAUGAUGUCGAGCAGAACACUAAACCAGAGAUUGUUAAAGUUUUAACAGUCGGCACAAAAUCUGUUUCAUCCUGUCUUGAAUUUGAGGAUCAGCUGACACGUGAACAGCAAAAUAUGGAUACUGUUAAAAAGAGUAGCAGUACUACCAAAAAGUCCCGAUGGGAUAUUGUUGGGCAGGACACCUCAGAGAGUGAUAAUUCACAGAGGACACUUUGUGCAGAGAGUAAGCCUACUGUUAAAAAAGUGAUUUCUGUCAAAAAAAUUGAGUUUUCUAAAGACAGUUGCCAACAAGACUGUGACAUUAAAAAUACUUUACAGCAAGAAACUGAAACACAUUCCAAACUGGUGAAGCAGACUGAUAUCUCUACGCAGGAAGUCGGCUCAGACAGCACAUCCAUAACCGAUAAAUACAAAGACCAAAGUGAGCCUUCACAAGCAGGCACCAGCAUUGACCACUGUGACUUAAAACUAAGUGUUUCUCAAAAAAUCAACACAGAUGAGCCUCUGCAUGUAAAUGAUACAUCACUGGUUGACAAAGCUGCAAAGAUGCAGCGUUGGAAUGGCGAUGAUCAUGAAGAAAAAUCCAAGGGCAGCAUUAACAAGAGCAAAUUGAGUAAGAGAACAUUACAUCAGGAUGCAUUAGGAGGACAGAGUGAGGUUAGUGAUAGUGACAAUUCGGAGUAUGACUCUGAUUGUGGUGAGGCUAUAAAACGAUUACACUCUGUGGUGGUGGUGCCAAAGAAUUCUUCCCUAACAAUCGAUACACAGGACACAGGAGCUUCCCCAUGCAGGCUAAUGAAUAGUUCAGAACUACAGAAUGUGAAUAUCAUUGAAGUCCCAAAUCAAGUCCCACAACAAAGGCAGGGCAGUCCUUCAGCAUUCUUGGAGACCAGUGGUCCCUGUGCUGGUAUUAAUGAUUCAUCCCAUAGCAGAGUGUUGUGUCAAUCCCAAAGUAAUAUGAUUGAUAGCACCAGUCACUUGGAGGGUUCCAGCUCCAUCAGUGCGCAGCCUUACAUGGCCGGUCAUAUCGGUGCCCAUGGAAGUGCCACAGAUCCUGCCCACAGCCUUGAUAAUUUCAGACAGUGUGCGCAAGGGCACAAACAGCAUAAUGUAAGUAGCAGAGGUGAAAUCAUGUACUCCCAUUACCAACAUGAUGAUUUCUCCAAUGCUGACAAUAUCAAUGACAAGAAUGGAUUCAGCCUGGGUUGGGAUUUUUCACAAUUAGAACAACCCAGUAGUACAUACCAGCAGCCCGAUAGCAGUCACGGGCCACAUCUACCAAACACUAAACUGACUGAAACCUCUCCUAAGGAACAGGAGCACCGGCAGAGUAAUGCCACCUGGAACCACCAAUCCCCAAAUGCACAGACUAGCAGACAACCCUACCUUCAUGUGCAUGAACGUUAUCAGGAUUUUGCAGGGGAAAUCCAUCCUGACUCCCUAACUAAUGACCACGAUGACUACAGUGGGGAUAAACUAUCUGAUCUCAGUAAAACAGCUGUUGAAUGCAGUGGACCUAACACUCCUGGGUCAUCAAGCUUUGUACAAGGGCAUGAAAUAAGCAGCAACAGCAGGGGAACUGCUGUGCCUGACCCCCCUAGAGAAGACAAUUUUAGACCCCACAGAGGCCGGGGCCCUCCCAAGAAAAGGCGGCCAGAGAUUGAGUCAGAUUCAGACAAUGAGGCAGAAGCUGGGCCUGCAGGCAAGAGGGAGCGUCAAGGAGAUGCUGACGUCUCUAAGGAAACUCAUGUCAAAGCCAUGGUGCAACGUCCAUUACUCAAUCUGCGAGAAUUUCAAGACGCCAAUAAAUGGAAAGAGUUUGCCAAGUCUAAGAAGAUGCCCCCUUACUUUGACUUGAUUGAGGAGAACCUGUACUUGACUGAGAGAAAAAAGAGCAAAUCUCACAGAGAUAUCAAAAGAAUGCAAUGUGAGUGCCCAGUGCUGCCCAGAGAAGAGCGUGCAAGAGGAGUAUUAGCAUGCGGGGAAGACUGUUUAAACCGGCUGCUGAUGAUUGAGUGCUCCUCACGGUGCCUGAAUGGAGCCUACUGCUCUAAUCGACGCUUUCAGAUGAAACAACAUGCAGACUUCGAGGUUAUCCUCACAGAAGACAAGGGCUGGGGUCUACGGGCAGCUAGAGACUUGGCUCCAAAUACUUUUGUACUGGAAUACUGCGGGGAGGUAUUGGACCACAAGGAGUUCAAAACAAGGGUGAAAGAAUAUGCUCGCAAUAAGAACAUCCACUACUACUUCAUGUCUCUAAGGAAUAAUGAGAUCAUUGAUGCAACGCUGAAGGGUAAUUGCUCUCGGUUUAUGAACCAUAGCUGUGAGCCCAACUGUGAAACCCAAAAGUGGACUGUCAAUGGCCAGCUUAGAGUUGGGUUCUUCACCUCCAAGGUGGUCCCUGCAGGAGCUGAACUGACGUUUGAUUACCAGUUCCAGAGAUAUGGCAAAGAAGCACAGAAAUGCUUCUGUGGAGCCCCAAGCUGCAGAGGCUUCCUGGGUGGUGAGAACAGAGUUAGUGUUCGGGCAGCUGGAGGGAAGAUGAAGAAAGACCGCAGUCGAAAGAGUGCUCUCACCACGGUUGAUGAGGAGCUUGAGGCGUUACUGGAGAAUGGAGAAGGCCUAUAUGAUGAGAAACAGGUGGUGUCUCUCUGCAGACUAAUGGUCCGAGUGGAAACCAUGGAACAAAAACUCACCUGUCUCAAGCUCAUACAAGAUACUCAAAAUCCAUCAUGCCUGAAGCAGUUCCUGGACCAUCAUGGAUUGUCUUUGCUGUGGAUCUUCAUGGUGGAGCUUUCUGAAGCUAAAGGCAACAGUGCCAAUAACAUCAAACUGCAGUUAGAGAUUAUGAAGACCUUGGCUGUGCUGCCUAUCUCUACUAAGAACAUGUUGGAGGAGAGCAGAGUCCUUACCUUCAUCCAGCGAUGGGCCCAGACAAAAACUUUUCCUCACCCUGCUGAGAUGGAUGGCUACUCCAGUGAGAACACCUCCCGUGCUCAAACACCCCUCAACACUCCUGAUGGAUCCUCCACCAAACUGGGACCAGAAUUGGAUGGUGACACCUCCAAACCUGCUGUGUACCGCCGCCUGAAAAUCAUCAGUGAAAACAGUCUAGACAGCGCACUCUCGGACGCUAGCAAAGCAUCUGAUGGGAAGGAGGAAGAGGAGGAGGACGAUGAUGAGGAAGAAGAAGAAUCCUCGCAUGCAGGACUUCCUGAUGGCAAACAGUUGAAGGAAGAGCCUGUGUGUGAAGCUGCAGAUCCAACGAAAGGAACAAUGGAAGAGUCGGUUAAAGAGGAGGGUCAGGUCAAAGGGGAGGAAGAGGAAGAGACUAGGAUGAGUUCAAGCAGUCAACACCAACCUCAAACUGAGGAGGUAAAAGAAAAAAUGGACUCGGAGAUAGAGAUUGAGAUGAAAGAGGACACGAGUGAGGGUCAUACGGAUGAACUUGAGGAGCCAAAAGAGCCUUGUCAAGAACAGGAGAGUGGGGAGGAGCAGACCACUCAGGCAGUGACAGAAAAGGCUGAACUAGAAGGAGACCAGCCCACUGUUAAAGUUCUCGAGUCAGAGAUUCAGUCCAUCCAAACAGAUGUUGCUGAUCUUCCACCUGAGCCGCCUUUAGAAAAUAUGGAGGCCCAGGCAGAGACGCAAGAGGCUGGAAAACCUCCUUCUGGCUGUGAGGCGCCGCCUGAUGAAUCUACCACUGAUGCUGCCCAAAGCUCUGAGACCCCUGAGGCCAGUAUGCCCUCUGAGGUCAUAGUGACACCCGUGGACCCAUCAGUGAUAGGAACUCCUUCUCAGGAUGAAGAGGAAGGUGUCUCAGAUGUAGAGAGUGAGAGGAGUCAGGAGCCCCCACUCAAUGCUUUGGACAUUUGUGGCAUGGCUGCCAGGCUUCUGGACAGCUGGAAGGAUCUGAAGGAGGUGUACAGAAUACCAAAGAAGAGUCAGGUGGAAAAGGAAGCAAAUGAUCGCAGCCGAGAUCGAGACACAGCUUUGACGCCACGCACAACUUCUGGUAGCCGAGAGCGUGAAAGGGAGCGGGAGAAGGAGCGGGAACGUGACAGAGACCGAGAUUAUGACCGAGACAGGGAUCGAGACUGGGACAGGGAGAGAGACAGAGACCGCGACAGAGACCGCGACAGAGACCGCGACAGAGACCGCGACAGAGACCGCGACAGAGACCGCGACAGAGAACGCGACAGAGACCGCGAAAGAGACCGCGACAGAGACCGUGAUCGAGGCUCUGACAAAACUCCACAACGCAGCACGGAGAGACGGAGGAGACGCUCCACUUCACCACCCUCAUCCUACGAGAGGAGCAGCCGACGCACUGAGGAACGGUUUGACUCCUCUAACAGCAGCAAGACACGGGGAGUUGGUGGAAAGGAUCGCAACAAGUUGUCCACAGAGGAGCGACGGAAGCUGUUUGAGCAGGAGGUUGCCCAGCGGGAAGCCCAGAAACAACAACAGCUUCAACAGCAGCAGCAGCAGCAGCAGCAGCAGCUUCAAACUAUGGCUUAUGACCCUGCUCUGGCCUAUGCCUCCAGCCCUGGCUUCAUCACCUAUCCUCCUGGAUAUCCCAUCCAGACCUUUGUGGAUCCCACCAACCCCAAUGCAGGCAAAGUACUGCUACCUACCCCUCCGGUUGAGCCCACCCUGAACUAUGAAGAGACACCUCCCCUGCGUCUUAUCUCAGACCUGGGACUGUCCUCUCCAUCCCCCACUUCCCAGGCCAAUCCAGUCUCUAAUCUUUCUCAGCACAUCACCACAACUGACCUCGCCACUGGCAACCCCCAACAGUAUGCCCAGCCAACUGUAGCAACUCAGGACACAGGUGUAGCUGUCCUCUCUGUACCCGCCCAGGUGGCCCCUCAGGUACACGGCCAGCAGAGCUACACUACUCUCUGGGAUCCCACUACUCAGCAGGCAGUGACUGUGCAGACACAGCCUGGACAGCAGUAUGCCACAGCUCCAGCACAGGCUCAGACACAGACAGCCAUCUAUUACCAGGGUCAACCAUGCCAAACCAUCUACAGCAUCCCCACCGCCUACCCACAGGCCAACACUCCCGUCAUACAGGCAUACACCGAACCCACAGCCAGCUACCUGCACAGCCAGCCUGUGUAUCCUGGCCAUCAGCAGGGAGUGGUGGUGCAGCAGGGAGGCACAGUCACCACCAUUGUCACAUCCCAAACUGUCCAACAGGAAAUGAUUGUACCCAACAAUGUGAUAGACCUGCCUCCUCCCUCUCCCCCCAAACCCAAAACUAUCGUCCUACCUCCCAACUGGAAAGUGGCCCGGGACCCUGAAGGCAAGAUCUACUACUACCAUAUUGUCACAAGGCAAACACAGUGGGACCCUCCAACCUGGGAUGGAUGUAGUGACAACACUAGUGUGGACCAUGAAUCUGAGAUGGACCUUGGAACACCCACCUAUGAUGAGAAUCCUUCCAAGUUCUCCACAAAGACAGCUGAAGCAGACACUUCCAGUGAGCUGGCUAAAAAGAGUAAAGAGACAUUUCGCAAAGAGAUGUCCCAGUUCAUAGUGCAAUGUUUAAAUCCUUUUCGGAAGCCAGACUGCAAACUUGGACGUAUCAGCAACACAGAAGAUUUCAAACACCUGGCUAGAAAGCUAACUCAUGGUGUUAUGAAUAAGGAAUUGAAAGCUUGCACUAAUCCAGAGGACCUUGAGUGUAACGAGAAUGUGAAGCACAAGACAAAGGAGUACAUCAAGAAGUACAUGCAGAGAUUUGGAACCGUGUACAGGCCCAAGGAGGACACAGAGGUGUGCUAGCUUAGAGGCCACAGAUGUUAACUUGUCCUGCGCAAACAGAGGAGAAGCACAGCUUUGCCUUUCCACUCACUCCUUGUACGCAUGUACGUACUGGCCAGCCUGAGCGGCGUAGUAGUUUCUUACACGUAUUUAUGACUAAAAAUUGGACUGCUGCCCAAGAAGCUCUCCAGGCCACGUGGAUCACAGAGGAGCUCCGUUGAUAGUGACGGAGAUUCGAGUGUCGCUGAACGACCCGAAAACUCCAGGUGCAGUGUUCUCGAAGGAUGACACUGCGGGGUACUACAGAGACUAAUGUUUUCACUGACUGUUUGUUUGAUUUUAAGCAUUUUUUUUUCUCCAUUUGUGGCUCUUAAAUGUUCCCGAGAUGAUCACCUCAAUUCCACUUUUUAAACUCUUCUAGCCCUGAAUGUGGAUUACUCUACAAAAUCAGAUUUGGUAUCAUAUUUAUCAGAGUUGCUUUGUUACUUUUCACUGUUAAAAAUGGAUCAAUGACAGAACAGUCCAGUGCUUUUUCCCUCCCACUUCCAUUUUCUUGUGCACGCUUCAACCCCCAGUCACUGACUGUAUCUGGUGCUGCUUUUAACUGGGCUGUGGAGGUCCAAGCUUCCACUCCUCAAACCCUGCCUUCUUAACCACAAGACUUUGGAUCCUCUGUUGUUUUAUGAAUGCAUGAUGUAGGUUGAGGUCAGCGUGGUAUCCUUAUGGAAAUUCCUAUGUUUUCCAUGUCUCCUGUGUCAAGUAAUAUGCCCUCACUGGGAUGAGCUUUUACUUACAGUACACUUAGGGAUCAGCCAAUAACCAGCAGGUUGGCUACGUGAUCAAUAUGUCUUUUAUGAAUUGAUGUAUAAUACCGGGAGCAGGGUUUGAAUGCUAUGUUUGAUGUGCUGUUUAGCCAUUUCCUGUCCGACCCCUCUCCCAACUAGUUCUGCCCUGUUUCCUCUACUUACAGGAAUAAUGCUGAAAAUGAAGGUUGUAGCAUUGCAUUUUUAACAGUUUCUAAACAUCUUGUGUGUUCUGGUUCUUUCUAUCUGGUCCUAGUUAGACGACACUUUGAUAGGUCUUGCUCCACACACUGUCGCUCAUUAAUUUCAGAGAUUUUUACGGUUGUCAAGGUUAGUUUCAUAAGCAUUAGGUCACUGAUUUCUUGCAGCCUAUUAAAUUGCAUUAAACAAAGUUCCAACACAUGUACAUUGCUUUAUAUGUGAAUAUAUUGAAUACUAGUUUUGGGAAUGUUUAAAUAAGCAGACACUUUGUAAAAGGACUAUCAUUUCAUGAUUGAAAGUGUAAAUAAAGUGUAAAAUUACCAAAGCUGUAUGCAGGAGAGUAGGGUCAGGGAGCCCAUCCUCACCAGCUCAGCCCUCCUGAUGCAGUUCCCACAUCAGUCUGUCAAACUUAGGACCCCGCUGACUCACAUCCCUUUAUUUUAUUUCAGUGGUGGGGGAGAUUCCUUUUUUUGUUUAUUAUUUUUCUAUGUACAAAGUAUGUUUCACCCUACUUUACUGUAAGUAUUGUGUAAGCACAUUGUCAUACUGAGUGUACAAACAUUUUAAAAGAUAAUAAACCUUUUUGUAAAAUGAUA